AUGGCGGACAGUCUGUAUCAACUCUUGAAACCGCAACCCGAAACAGCGGCGGGCAAAUCAACACCGACGGAGAGUGAUGCAAAAUAUCUUGCUCGUCUAGUCUCACUCAAACUCUCAGACUUGACGACAACAGAACCGCAAUCGCUGGCUCAGUCGACUCAGAGCAAUAUAGUAUCAAUUCAAGCACUAAGUUCUCGAUCACAUCGAACCACAACCACUUCAUCUGACCACCUGUCCACACUCCGACAAUCACUCCCACUUCUUUCCUCGUCUGUCGAGGCAAUUCGUUCAUUAAUACCAGCGCUAGACAGCAGUGCUGUUGAUUUUGCUUCAUCUUAUAGUAAGUCCAAAGAUGACAACUUACUGCUCAAGGAGAGGAAGGACGCGGCACUCCUGACCCGCCAAGCCGACAAGGCCCAGGACAUUCUCGACCUGCCCAACUUAUUAUCUGCCGCCAUCGCUUCCGCCGGCACAGCAGGUGCGGCGGGUACCGGCGGUAGCAGUUCCAAUUACACGCAGGCUCUUGACUUGCUCGCGCAUAUCAAAAGGUUGCAAAUUCUAUACCCAGACUCCAAACUCGUCAAGACUGUACUCUGCGACGCAGAAGUCGCGAUGAUAGACAUGACGACGAAUUUAAUCACGAGUCUACGAUCCCAGAAUAUUCGUAUGGCCGCUGCCAUUAGAACUAUCGGAUGGCUUAGACGUGUGGCGCCUGAGCUAGAGCUCAACAGUAAGAAGUCAGCUUCCUCCAAACCAUCGUCCCUCAGCGUCCAGUCGAUGGGCGUAUCAUCAGCGACAUCAACUGCCACUCUUGGGGAAGGUCAUUUUGGUGCGCUGUUUCUAUGCGCCCGUCUGGCGACCUUCCUCAGCAUGACAGAAGCACUAUCACCACUACGCGAUCUCGCAGAUCAGGAGACCACGGCUCGCAACUCGAACCAGCAGCGAAGCACAAGCCAGGCCAACGGAUCUUCCAGUCAGAGACCACAACCCACACGUCAAGGCUCUUCCGGGAUCGGCAAUUCCUACAAUCCGGCUCUACAAGGCCAGCAGACGGAACGAUAUCUCAAACGCUACAUCGAGAUCUUCCGUGAGCAGUCCUUCGCGACCAUCAGCAUGUAUCGCAACAUCUUCCCCACCGAGGACGAAGAGAAAGGCAGUCCCGCGACAACACCACAGCCAUCACCAUCGUUGAGUGAAUCACUCGCUCUUCCCUCGGCGCUCCAGUCCUUCCCACUCCACCUAGUCUCGCUCUUCACCGAAACACUUGCGGAAUACCUGCCCAACGUGACAGACCCAACCGCUCGCGAAUCGCUACUAAUGCAGGUUCUCUACGCGGCGAACAGCCUCGGCCGCUUAGGCGCAGACUUCAGCCUUGUCAUUGCCUUGCUCGCAAACGAUGAGGUCGAUGAAGGCGAUGACGAGGAUGACGACGUGGCCGACGACCCUCAAACCGCCGCGGCGGACGACAGCGCCCGGGAUGAUUCUCAAGCGACCGCCAGCGCUGAAGCACCGACCGAAGAUACCACAUCCUCGGGCCCUAAGAACGCGACUCCGCAAGCAGAGGCCAUUCCAGCCGCGCCAGCCAAGGAGGCCGAAUGGGUUGCCAUCAUCAAGAAGCACCGCGUCCAGGCCGCUCGACUGGAAGCGCUAGCGGCAGGACAGGACCGCGCGGUCGGCCAUGGCGGCAUUCAGAGCCGUGAGAUGGGAAAUGUCCUGCCUGUGCGCUAG